UAUCAUCCUUAUUGACUCUGCCAGUGCGUCGAAGUUCGUCUCUGUUAUUACUCCCACAGAAAGCUCCACUUGGAAAAGAAGGCAAGGCCUCCCAGAACCCUAGCUUUGGAUCUCUUCUUCUGUCUUCCCUCUUCGCACCCUCCAUUUCCUGGAAUCUACCAUUUCUACUGCAGAUGCAUAAAACUCUUUUUCGAUGUCAGAAAUCCAAUCUUUUAAUCCAAUUCCACACAUGCAUUCAUAGCAGAAACAUGAAGUCUACAAAUGCCCCCAAAGAUCAUUUAUUUGCCCCAAAAAAUAGCAGUAAAAAUGCCAUAUUUUUCUCAUAUAUCUCAUCUGGAAGUCGUAACCCUAACCCUAGUUCGGGUGGAAGAUGUGAUUUAGAUGGCAUUAGGAAAUUGGGUGGAGAACUCGAAGGAAUUGAAGAAGAUGACGGAGAUGAAGAUGGAAAGGGGUUUGGGGGUGUGGGGUUUUCUGCAAACCCUAACCCUAAUUUGGGUUCCCAAAAUCAGAAAAGAUCUGGUUUUGAUGAUGUUGAGAAAUGGGGCAUAGAAAUUGGGAAAGAAGAAGAAGAAGAAGGGGAGGAAGGCAGGGGGUCUAGGGUUUUGGGUUUCCUUGAAAACCCUAACCUCAAUCCUAAUUUGGGAACCCAAUUUGGGGAAAUUGACGAUUCUAAUGUUGACGAGGAUUCGGAUGGAGAAAUCAAUGAAGAAGUCGAUGACGACAAUGAUGAUGACAAUUUCAAGGUUUUGGAGUUGUUCGAUCAGAACAAGGUGAAAAAAGAAGAAAUUAGGACAAUUGAAGAUGAAUAUGAUGAAUCUAGACACCCUUUAGUUAGAGAGAUUUGUAGAUUAAUUGAACAUCGGCAUGUGUGGGACCCGAAGCUCGAGGGUGAACUACGACACCUACUGAGAAGCCUCAAGCCCCAACAAGUCUGUGCGGUCCUCCGAUUGCAGGCUGAUGGGCGGGUUGCAUUGAAUUUCUUCCACUGGGCUGAUCGGCAAUGGCGGUAUCGGCAUGCAGUUGAGGUGUAUUAUGCCAUGCUUGAGGUCCUUAGUAAGACAAAGCUGUGCCAGGGCUCAAGGCGGGUCCUCCGGUUGAUGGCCCGCCGGGGGAUCAAGUGCCGGCCCGAAGCGUACGGGUAUGUGAUGGUCUCGUAUAGCCGGGCGGGCAAGCUCAGGAGUGCCAUGAGGGUGUUGAACUUGAUGCAGAAGGCUGGCUGCGAGCCCGACCUAUCGAUCUGUAACACUGCAAUGCAUGUUCUUGUGAUGGCGAAUCGAUUGGAGAAGGCACUGAGGUUCUUGGAUCGGAUGCAACGGGUCGGGAUCAGUCCUGACGUUGUCACGUUUAACUGCUUGAUCAAGGGCCUUUGCAAUGUGCAUCGAGUUGAAGAUGCUCUGGAUUUGAUUGAAGAAAUGCCAUUCAAAGGAUGUUUGCCUGAUAAGAUUAGUUACUACACAGUCAUGGUUUUUUUAUGCAAAGAGAAACGGAUUAGAGAAGUGAGAGAGAUUUUGGAGAAGAUGUUGAAAGACAGCGGUUUGUUACCGGACCAGGUUACGUACAAUACGUUGAUCCAUGUGCUUUCAAAGCAUGGUCAUGCAGAUGAAGCUCUUGGGUUCUUGCGAGAAUCCAAAGAGAAGGGUUUUCGGGUUGAUAAGGUGGGGUACAGUGCAGUGGUCCACUCGUUUUGCCAGGAUGGGCGGAUGGAUGAAGCGAAAGAAGUUGUGAAUGAGAUGUUCUUGAAGGGUUGCAUUCCAGAUGUGGUGACUUACAGUGCAGUUGUCAAUGGGUUUUGUAGGAUCGGGAGAAUUGAUCAAGCAAGAAAGAUGCUCCUGCAAAUGUACAAGCACGGCUGCAAGCCGAACACUGUAUCAUACACCGCGUUGUUAAAUGGGCUGUGCCGAAUUGGGAAUUCGUCUGAAGCGAGAGAGAUGCUAAAUGCGAGUGAGGAGGAGUGGUGGACCCCGAAUGCCAUCACGUACAGUGUUGUGAUGCACGGGCUCCGUAGGGAAGGAAAAUUGGCCGAAUCCUGUGAUUUAGUCAUGCAGAUGAUAAAAAAUGGCUUUUUCCCAACCCCAGCUGAAAUCAAUUUGCUAAUUCAUGCACUCUGCCGGGAGGGGAAGGCGGGCCACGCCAAGACAUUUAUGGAGGAGUGUUUGAGCAAGGGCUGUGCCAUUAAUGUGGUGAAUUUCACCACUUUAAUUCAUGGGUUCUGUUGUGAAGGUGACUUGGAGUCUGCACUCUCGUUAUUAGACGACAUGUAUCUAAGUAACCGACACCCGGAUGUUGUAACAUACACGACUGUGAUCGAUGCACUGGGAAAGAAAGGUAGAUUAGAAGAGGCGACCGAGCUUACAAACAAAAUGCUUAAGAAGGGUGUGGUCCCCACACCUGUGACAUAUAGGACCGUCAUACAUCGGUAUUGCGAGAAUGGUAGAGUGGAAGAGUUAUUAAAGCUGUUAGAGAAGAUGCUAUUGAGGCAGGAGUUUAGGACCGCAUAUAAUCAGGUUAUUGAGAAGCUUUGUAGAUUUGGGAAGCUGGAGGAGGCCUAUAAGCUCUUAGGAAAGGUCUUGAGGACCGCUUCGAAAGUUGAUGCCGAUACAUGCCACAUGCUUAUGGAGAGUUAUCUGAGUAGAGGGAUUCCUUCAUCAUCUUAUAAAGUGGCUUGUCGAAUGUUUCAGCGGAAUUUGAUCCCAGACAUGAAACUAUGUAGGAAAGUAAGUGAGCAAUUGAAGUUAGAAGGGAAGUCUGGUGAGGCGGAGAGGCUUAUGCUCUGUUUUGUUGAAAGGGGCUGCCUUUCACCCCCGUAUUUAUAGCAUGUUGUAACUAGGAGAACCAUCAUUGUACAUUAUCGGAUGAAUGGAUGGCAUGUAGGCCUCUGAUUUCCUAUUUAUUGAGUGGUUGCAAUAUUUAUAUAUUAUAGCACUUGACAAAACUUGACAAAGCUCAACUUGCCAAGACUCCACAAUAUUUAUACAUUAUAAUACUUUUGAAUAAAAAUUUCUUAUCUUGGUAUUCAAGAUUAAACAAAAAAACUUGACCGGGUUUCUUGACAGAGUCAUAGGCCUUCCAAUCAAGUUUUAGAGUUUCUAAACCUUGGUGUAAGAGAAGAUUUCAUAAAGUUUUGAGGUUCAGGACAUGAUCUUCAGUAUCACUGGAUUGUUGGCUUCUAU